AUGUCUGUCCUUGUACACUUUAUUAAGGGCCUGAAAUUUUCGGGAGCAGGGGGAGAAUCAGAAGAGGAUCUGAUUUCGAACCCGCGACUUUCGAGAAGGAUGGAUCAAAUUAGAGCGAAGACUAUCUUCAGCUUAUAUACUUCUCUUCAACUCUACAGAUUGAAGCAUCUCGAGGCAUCUCAUCAUCCGAUCGUAAAAUUUUGCAAAGUUAGUGGCCGUUGUGCAACCACACUCCUCUUUGUAGCACUUGGUCAACCAACGAAGCUGCUUCUGGCAUAUUGUACUGUAGUAGCUCCAACUCCUCGCGUUCGCAUCCUUCGAACAGUUCUACCUGCGCAAUGUGGUUCCGCGUCUUCCUCUUUCCUCUUCGCGCAGCCACACUUAUUAGUCCCGCUUCCGUCGUUUGGCUACCAGACACGACAGUUCCAGAUGCCAUCUAGUUGUCAAAGAGGCUCUUACGCCAAGUUCAUUUGCUUGAAUUGUCGGAGGCGUACAAUAAAAUGCAGACUGCCAGAAAAUGUGGGAGCGGGUAUUGGCGAGCAGAACGACUCCCGGCACAUUGUCUUGCCAAAGAUGUACCACACGAUCCUUGGACGACCGAGCAAACGACCGAGAAUGUCAAUGCACACCAACAGAAAUGCAGGCAAGCACGAGGCGCCUUGGGAUUCAGGUCGAGAUCCAGACAACAUAUCUGACGAUGGUUCUGGGGCCGUUGGUGAAUACCUCCUGUCCUCCCAUAUCAGAAGGCCAUUGUCGUCUGGCUCCUGCGGACGUGCCAUGACAAGCGGACAAGGACAUCGCAAUAGCGUUGCCGACAAUUUGCUGGAUAGACAGCUGAUUGAUCGGCUCGACCAGUUGCUGGUCUGGCACAGGUUGCAUUUUCCUGAGAUCCCAAGACUUCCCAGCCUUCAUGAUAAAUUACUGGCAAGCAAUGAGAUCGGCCCCGAGAACCUCUCGGAAAUCCUUCUGCUCACGCUACUGUGCGCUCUUGCUCUUGAUGUACGCGGACCCCAUAUGUCUAGCCGGACAGAUGACCUAGAGCUUGUGCUGGCAAACUUCCUUGCUGCCGCCGACGGUCUGAAAAUCCAGGGCGUACCUUACCUCCCACCUGCACGCCAAGUUGUGUGUGGAAUCUUAGCCAUUUGCAAAGAUAUCAUGGAAGGUAAUGCGGCUCGGAUGCCUAUGGGCCAGCACUGCUCGGGUCUUGAAAAUGGUGUGCACUGGGCAAAGCAGCUCCUUCUCUGGAAAUGUUCGUGGCCAGCACCACUGACAGACUUGACGACUUCUUCCCAGAAGACUUCUGCUUCGACUGGGACUUGUGGCUGCAACGGAACGAAGAGUGGACGUUCGUAUAAUCAUCGCUGGUCUGCAAGGUAG